AUGCCGACCUACUUCGUCUACGAGAAGGACCUCGUCGACCCGACGCCUCAGAUCCCGUCCCUCGAGGGAAAGGUCGUCUUCGUCACAGGUGACAUGCGAAUGAGAAUAGGUGGAUGGGAAGACCAUGAACACGUCCGGACAUCAAGUCAACCAAGGACGCCGGUCCCUCGGUUCAUCGACGAGGAGCAAACCAAUACAUCCGCGAUCACGACACUUGCAUAG